AACAGACUGUCCACCGAAGCCAGAAGCAUAUAACCUGCCGACAAACCUACACACCCCCAUCCCAUCAUGUAUCACCGAACUCGCUCCAGCUGCGCCAGCUAUGACACCGCCUCCACUGCAGUCUACUCGCUGUCGCGGAGCACAUCGUGGAGCGGCAUGACUGCCGUCGAGAGCGUCGGCCGCUGCAAGUAUCCCACUGCCCCUAAGCAGGCGUUUCCCGUCGUGGUCGAGGCCAUAGAACUGGCCCACACUGCACUACCUCCGACGUAUCCCAUGUCCUCCGCCCCCUCAACUCUAAGACCCGCACGUCCUACACGCCCAUUUCCCGGUGUCGACCCUAACCUCUGUGCCGACACUCGUUUUCCUCCCCCGCACCGAUUCCGGUUCUCAACUUACGAGCCGGCGCGGCCACCCACUGCCCUGAGCUGUUUCUCGUCGUCAACUACUCAUAAGGAGAAGAGCCUGCUCCGGCGCGCAAUCACUCACAGCCUCGCCCAUAUUCGCAACCUUUCCUCCGGUAGUCUUCAACGUGUUCGCUCCCUCUCACGACGCGCCGGCUGUCGGCGCGCGAGUGUCUACGAUCCCAAGUUUGUGGCUCUUGACAAUCUCCCCGACAAGCUAGAGCCCGCUUCACCCCCCGACCAUCGUAGCGCAAGCCGCGUCUCACGCGUCAUCCUCCAGGUGCCGCGCGCUGAGCCUCUCCUCCCGGCAGUCCUUGCCGCAGCUGAGGAUGUGAAGCUCGAAAACGUUAACCUCACCGCCGCCAUUUCCGAGCUGGCUCAGAUCGUCACACCUGGCGAGCGAGCCAGAGCAAGCUUGGCGUAUCCAUUGGCUGGUUCUCGCGAGGCUUCGCGGCCGGACUCGCAGCUCCUCCCACCCAUCGACUUCUCUGCUCCGCCUUCCAAGUGCAGACCUCCACUUCCCGCUGACUUUGGCGGGCCGGUAGUCACGUGCUCUCGUCGCGCCAGCAGACCCCAGUUCACAUACAUUUAGUGUGCUCAUGACCGACACGACUUGAUCAUGCGGAUGUGUAUAUAGCCCACCGUAUCGAUGUUUGACAUGUGUGUGUGUGUGUGUGUGUGUGUGUGUGUAGUUUAGUUGUCUCCAUGCCAUUUAUGCUUGAGAGUGAUUGAGUGGACAAUCGAAAGAAACACCCAUUACAGAUCCGCAAAAACCAAAAGAGAGAUCUGGACGAGUUAGGAAUCGAACCAAAGACCUUGUCAAGAACAGAUAAGGCUCCACAGGACAGUGGACAUGCUAAUGACACGCUCUACCAACUGAGCUACACGCCCG